AUGACCCAAAGCUGGUGUCCGCAGGAUCCAGAUACGUGGAUUCUGGACCAGAUUCCCUCCACUUUGGUUGGCGCCUGGCUGCCGUGUCGCUUGGAAGUUACUGAAAGCCAUCGUGCCCACGGCCACUUGGCUGUGUAUUGCAAAAGGCACUGGGACAAUGAAAUGAAGGAAUCAAGGGAUUAUGGGGACUCGAGGUGUUCAAAGGCGGAUGCUUUCAUCGAAGAGCACCAGGAAGAGUGGAAAUCACAAUCUCAGAGAGCUUUACCCGACACCAGCGAACCGGAAGAGGUUGACACCGAUGGGGAGGACGAGAUCGACGAGGACGAAGGUAGAGAUAUGGGCACCGAUGAAGCACAAACACCGGGAACCUAUGCGAUAGAAAAUACUCCGUUGGCCCAUGACUACCAUGACAGCUUGCGGUUUCUCUAUGCUUUUCCUGAUGAAAGGGCGCAUGAGAGACACCCGAUCCUCAUUCGCAGGGAGCAAAACGGAUUUCUUGACUUACGUUCUCUGGCGACUUCUGGGCGAAGGGAAGUCAGUCUACUGAAAAUUGAAUCAGUCGAAGAUGAUUACGUGUUAUUCAGCGGAGGACGCGUCUAUUCCGUCCCCCCCAAGCCAUUUGAUCCAAAAUGUGAUGAAAGCAGACGAGAACAAGAAUUUAUGGAUAUUGGACUCAAUGGCUUUCGAAGAUGGCCUACCCUCAGACCUCAAGAGAAAGAAUGGGAUCACGCCGAUGCUCGUUUAUGCGACUUCGCCGCGCUCUUCUCGCUGGCCCAAAGCGCAAUUCUCUAUGAAAGAUACUACUCUUAUCAUGAAUCCGUGGAGUAA